UUAUUUUUUUUUCGUAGAACAAGUAAUAGGGUUGAACAAUUGCUAAUACAGGGAUAAAAUUAGAAAGAAAAAAGAAAUCCAAUAAACAGUAGUGGCCGAAACGAUAGAUUUGGUCGACCCACUUGGUCUCAAGAUAGAUCCACCAAGUCAAGUAGUUGAAAUUUCCUCCCUCUCCCUUUACCCCCAAAAAAAAAAAAAAAAAAAAUUCACUCCCUCUUUAUCUUUUCGAACCACACUAUCAAAAAGUAUUGGGAUACAUGGGGGUAAUGGAGUGUGUGUUUCCUUGAUUCCUGUUGAUCUGAUUCUGCUAAAACAACAAGAUGGGUUGCAGUGGAUCGUCGCAAAGAAAGGAGACAGUGAGUCUUAUCGUAUCUGUUUAUCUUCAAUAUUUCAACUAAAUAAGUUGAAAUUGAAAACGAUUUGGUUUUUGACUUCUUUGUUUCAUUUAUAAUUAUUUUGUUGCUGAAGUGUGAACGUCGUGUAGUUUCUUUCUACUGAGAAACAGAAGAAACAACUAAAACAAUGUGUAUGAACAAGCAUUCUAUGUGUCAAUUGAUUGCUGAAUUUUUUAUUGUACCUUGCAAAUUACACCCUCUUACGAAUUUUCAUGGUAAUUGUAGAAUUCAGUUUGUUGAAUGAAUCUUUAUUGGUUUGUGGUCGAAGUUGUGGCGGAAGAACAAAGGGCAACUUACUCUUGAGGAUUGCAUAUGAGUUGUUCGAUGAAAUGCUAACAUGCAUUCUAAAACCAGGAAUGCGCUUUAGUCUAUAAUUAUUGGUCAAGAAUGCAUUCUGCAAUCUGAGGAUGGGAAUGCCUUCAAAUCACAGCUUUAAAUUUCAAAAUACCACUCCAAAUCGUUGCAUGAUGCAGAAUUAUUCGGUCAAACUCAACCUGUCCUUUCCUUCAACUAAUUUGAGAAACUAGAAACCAAUGUUACUCAAUACCUUGUUCUUUUUUGUCCUAUUGCCACUAAUUUUACGCUUUUGUUUUUUGGACAUCCUUCCUUCCAGAUCCAAAUUUUAGCUGGGUUUUUGUGCUCAAGAAAUUUGGACAUCCUACCAUGGAGAACUUCUUUGUGGGCACUUUAGGACCAACAUUAGAGAUAUAUUCAGGGUUCUUUUGCAGAUGGGGGUCGUCUCGACUACUGUGCUCAAAUUCCCGUCCUCAAGCGAGUUUUUCUCCGUCAAACUCAUGGAAGACUCAAAGGCGACUAAUGCCCAGUACCGACUGACUGAUGAGCCAUUGAUCAAGAUUUUGGGUUUGCAGACCAUUUUGGUAAUUGGUCAGUCGCUGUUGUGUAAGACUGAUUAGGCCCGAGCCCACAACAGCAUUGCAAUUAAACCCUAAUUCAGAGGGGUUAAAACUAGGUUAAUGUCUUUGUAUUAUUGGUCUAGCAUGAGCUACUUGUAACUGAAGAGGUGAAUACAAAGCUUUCUGCUUCUUAUGCUUCCACUGAUCACCCAAAGAGCUGGGUUUCUCAAUCUCCUAAGGUCCACGCUCCCACCAUCAUUUACACACGUUCGUCGACUUUGUACAACAGAUUCACAUGUCUGCAACUCCUACACUCGCAUUCUUCAAUGCCACCCAGGAAUUCGCACUAUCGAGCAAGUUCAUGCCCGUGUCCUCGUUGAAGGAUCUUCUCAAAACAGUUUCUGCGCAACCCAUCUCGUCAAGUCCUAUGCCAAGACAGGAAACAUCCAUGCCGCCCACCUGGUCUUUGGGUCGGUCCCCAAGAAGACCGUUUUCCUCUGGAACGCAAUUAUACGGGCUUGUAGCGGGAAUGGAUUGUGGUUGGAGAUCACCCAGUUAUACAGGCAGAUGGAAGAGGAAAGAGUUGAACCUGAUAGUUACACUCUCCCCUUUGUGAUAAAGGCCUUUGCUUUUCUACACUCCCUCGAAGAAGGAAAGAGAAUGCACAGUCUAGCAAAUCAAACUGGGCUGUUGAGUAAUCUCCAUGUGGCAACUGCUUUGAUUGAAAUGUAUUUGGAAUUUGAUGAGGUCAACAUCGCACGUAAGAUUUUCGACGGAAUGCUGGAACGGGAUGUCGUCACUUGGACUUCCAUGAUUUCUGGUUAUGUUGAUUCGGGAAAUCAUAUGGAGGCCCUGAGUAUUUUCAGAGAAAUGAGAAUUGGGGAUGAUAAACCCAACUGGGUUACAGUUCUUUGCCUGAUUCCAGCUUGUCAUCAUUCAAUACAUGCUUUCGUAACAAAGUCAGGCUUGGAUUUCUAUGUGGAAGUGGAGACGGCGAUCCUUGAUAUGUACGCAAAAGGUGGAGAUGUUGUGACAGCCCGUAGUUUGUUCGACAGGAUCCCCGAAAGGAGUUUGAUUUCCUGGACUGCAAUGGUUAGUGGAUAUUCACAGAAUGGAUAUGCCCACGAAGCACUUUUGCUAUUUCAACAAAUGAUGAAAGUGGCACAUCUUAAACCAGAUGUCAUUAUUACAGCAAGCGCUCUUCAAGCCUCUGCGCAACUUGGUUCACUGGGUUUUGGAGAGAUGAUGCAUGGCUACAUCAUUCGAGUUGGGGCCCAAAUCCAACUGCUGGUUGGAACAGCUUUGGUAGACUUGUACGCAAAAUGUGGAAGCAUAAGUGCUGCACAAAUGGUAUUUGACGAGAUUGACAAUCCGAAUAUGAUAGCAUGGAGUACACUGAUUGCAGCGUAUGGGCAUCAUGGGCUUGGUUCUAAAGCACUUGAUCUUCUUGGGCAGAUGAAGCAAAAUGGUUUUGUGCCUGAUGAAACUGCAUUCGUUAGCGUUUUAUCUGCCUGUAGUCAUUCGGGCCUUGUUCAUGAAGGGCUGGAACAUUUCGCAUCAAUGGUGCAAACAUACAAAUUGUUACCCAAAACAAAGCACUAUGCGUGCAUGGUAGAUCUUCUGGGUCGAGCAGGCCUUGUGGACGAGGCAUGCAAUCUUAUCAAAACAAUGCAGGUUGAGCCAGAUGCAAAUGUAUGGGGAGCCCUGCUCUCUGCAUGCAGAGCGAAAGGAAAUGCUAGCAUUGCUGAGUUUGCAUUUAGGAGACUGCUUGAGCUAGAGCCUGAUAAUGUAGAAUAUCAUGUGCUCUUGGCUAAUAUAUAUGCAGGAUGUGGGAGAUGGGAUGAGGCGUCUAAGCUAAGGUCUGUUUCAGGGAGGAAGGGCGAGAGGAAAACACCAGGAUGCAGCUCUGUACAAGUGAACUGUGAUAGCAAUUGAUUUGUCACUGGCAAUCAAAUAACAUAUAUUCCAACACUGAGAUGAUCCAGUCUGCUAAUGAAGCAUGCAAAGGAUUUCUAGUGAGACACUUGGCCUCGUCUAUAUGAUGGUGAUCAUGUUGAAGAAUGACACUGAAUAUAGGUCUCUUAUCCGAACUUAACUAUGAUGCUUAUAUGGGACCAUGCUAGUUUCAUGUAUUUUUUCUUUCUAAUUUCUGAAUCCAUGAAGUUUAAAAUUCGUAUGUACAUUCCAUUCAAGGUACAUGCCCUGUUAGCUCACAUAUAAAUGAACUUGACAUAAACUAACACAAAACGAUUUGAGCUUGCAAUGAAAUUUUGCAGCCUACACUAUCAAUAAGGCACCCAUCAAAUUUUCUAAGCAUAGAAAAAUAGCAUAAUUUUGUAUCACAUAUUGUCCUCCAGAAGAAAGGUAUGAAAAUGGCCUCGUGGCUAGGGUUGCGGUGUCCUCAUCCAGCUGCUGCACAGUCUACUCGAGCUCCCGCACAUCAUCUUGAUGCAGAUACGGCUGACCUUUCCUGGUUGGACCAACAUAAUUGAUUUUGGAAGCCAAGAGCCAAGAAGAACUCAGCCUAGGGUUUUGGUCCAACAAGGGCUGGAAAUAAAAUUAAUAGUUUACUUAGCAUUUUAUUUCAUGUUUUUACUUUCCAGACUUGAACAUAGGAGUAGGAUUUAUUUCCUUGCUUUGGUUUCCUUUUUAUGGUUGUUUCCUAGUUUAGGUUAGUUUCCAUUUCAGCUAAGUUUCUAAUUAUGUCUUUACUUUCUUAUAUAUUGAUUGUAACCGAUGGACAAACCAGAGUGAUUUUUUAUUAUUGAAUGAAGAUGUUGAGUUUGUGCACCA